UUUGGGGACGCUUUUCCUCUGUUAGACAUCUCAUCCCUCACAGCCAUCAUGGUUCACAUCUGUAGAUUCCUCCUGCUGGUGCUCCUCGGCCUCUUGGUAGCCUUUGCACACACAGAAACAAUCUCCGACUCAACAACCAGAGACAACCAGGACACCAUGUCUGGAGAACCACCCAGUGACGUCACCACCAAAGAUCCUUUCCGGGACAUGACGGAGCACUCCUUCACCUUCGACUACGAGGACACCACACACUCUCAUACCCUGGACGAGGAGGAGGGGGUGCUGGGGCCAGGGGCCAUCACAGCCAUCGUUAUAGCGGUCUUCCUGGGAGCGUCGGUCCUCCUCGCCCUCAUCGUCAUCACACUCAGGAAGUUCACCGCCUCCUAGAGUGAAUACAUCUCCCCGUCUUGUAUGCAUGUGUGCGUGUGUUUUUCUUUUGUCUCAACCUCUUGACUCUUUCUGUCAAAUAUGUCUUUCGCUUCACAGUAGAUGCUGAAAAUGGUGGCAGGUCCCUUGACUGACUUUUUACAGAUUUCCUCUUGUAAACACACUCUGAUUGUUGCUCAACAUGUCCACUUGUUACUGAAGGUAAAUGUUAGAAACUGGCUGGCUCUUCCAGUGGAAAUCAUAGUAUGUCCAUGUCAUUCACUUUGUUUUUCUUUUUCUUUUUCUUGCAUGCUUUACUGUUUGUGGGCUGUCUGUUUCCUGAUGUGUCCUUUUAUUUGUACAUGACGUGUGUGUGCUUUUUGUCUGUCUCAGUUUUUUUCAAUAAAUGAGAAAGAUACACAUUAGUUAAUUUUAUACUAGUCUUUCAUAAUG